AUGGAUACAAUCAAAAAUUCAAAUCUAAAUGAAGAAAUCCCUAAUCUGGAAGCCGUAACGUCUGAACAUAUUGAAGCUAUUACCAAAACCUUUGAGGAAAAAUACUUGACAUUCUGGAAACAUAAACUUGAAAAUUCAUCCAAAUUAACUUUCUAUUCCACAUUCGAAACGGACCACAACCUCGAAAAAUACUUAGUACUUAUAAAAGACCCAUACAAGAGAAAAUGUCUUUCACGUUUUACAGUCAGCAUCCAUAACCUCCAAAUUGAAAUCGGGCGAUACCAAAACAUACCCCGAGAAGAACGCUUAUGUGAAAUCUGUAAUUCAGGAGAAGUGGAAAACGAAACCCAUUUCCUGCUCUUUUGCAAAGCCUAUGAGCAUUCUCGUGAAGACCUCCGAAGUUCUUUAAAGAAUGCCUCAUCUAACGAGAUUAAACUGAACUCUCAAACUCUAUCAGCUGACUUAAUGAAGUCAAUUGAUACUGAAAUCAUAACUAAACUGUCAAAAUUUGUUUACUCAUGUUUUGAACAAAGGCUUAAAUAUCUUAAAACCAUGAGUGCUAAUUAG